GACCAGUCAAAAGAACCCAAUUAGAGUGAAGAUACUGCACUCGGUAUCAUCCUUAAAUUAGAGAAAUGGCACCGGUUACUUGGGGCGUUUUUUUUUCUUUUUGUUUUUUUUUGGUGUGUUGGUGUGUUUUUGUUUUGGUUUAUAUGAAGGGAUCCAGAAAAUAAUAAUAAAACCAAGAAAUUGUUAUCGGAAUAUGUGUCAGCCACGGCGCUUUUCUAUUUUAAGGAAAAUAAUGAGAAUAUUUAAUGCUCUCUAUCUCUCUCUCUCUCUUACCGCCGCAUCGAUACUAUCCCGCCGCCGCUUCUCUGGGGCUAUAUGCUGCUCCGUCACCACAGCCACAUGAGACGGCAGAAGAACGGGAAGCACACGCGGUUAUGAUGUCGUUCCGCGAGUUGGGAAUUUUGUCGAACACGUUGUGUGCGUGUUCCCUCGGAGGAGAUGAAAGACCCGAAUCCCUAAAAAGUGUUAUUGAUGAGAGUUGUUGUCGAACGGCGAACCGGUGGUCGAUCCGUUCAGCAGCUUUGAAUUGUUUUGGUUUCCAUGACUCCCAAUAGACAGUCGUGUUGAACAUAGGCGUGACCGAAAUGAAUCUCGGCGGUCAAGACAGAGGAACACUUAUGGUGAGAUGUUAAUGCUUACAACUAUGUUAAUGCUUUUUGCAUCAACUACAGCAAAACAAUGGAAGCCGAUGGUUCCAAAAUCUACAUUUGUUGGACCUGCUUUCACAAGGAAGCCUCCAAAGUACGAGCGUUUCAUCCGUCCAUCUGGGCUGCGUUUCACCAAGCCCCACGUCACUCACCCUGAACUAAAAUGCACUUUCUGUCUUGAGAUCAUUGGAGUUAAGAAGAAUCCCAACGGUCCCAUGUAUCCAUCACUUGGUGUCAUGACCAGGGGAAGAAUUAAGGGGUCAAACCAAUGGGAAUAUGGACAUGAGUAUUUUGUGAGAGGUCAACCUGAGCUUUUGGUGAAGAUGAUGGUCAAAACUGGGAUGAGAAGGCAAAGCCAAAGCCAAAGCGGAAGCAGAAGCUGUGGACCGCUUGCAACACUUACGAAUCUGAUCAAAAGUCGUCUUGGUUUAGAACAUUCACUUUCAUCUGCGAAAAAACCAGAUGAUGGAUUCUUCCAACAUGAUGUUAUCAAUCUGUCUUUAGUAAUGAUCUUUUUCACCUAUCAAGUUGAAGCAUGUGCAAUUGGUAGAACUGGAUUACUGGCUAUGGGGAAGAGCAAAUUGGAAACGCCCAAAGGCAUGUGAAAGGUUCAUGGCAGGGAGUUUCACCAGGUUUAAUCAGUAGAUGUUGCUAAUGAGGGGUUGAAGUGUUUGGAACUGGAAGAGGAAUCCAUAAUUUUUGAUUGGGGAAUGUGUGUGGGUGUUGGCUUCAGUUCAUGAAUCUAAGUGUUAUAGAGGCUUCUGUUGUAAGAGUGAUGAGGCUAUAGCUACCAGUCCAUCAACAUACAAGUCAUAUGAUGUUUUACAGAAAGUGUAAAAGGUGCCUUUGUACUGAGUAUUGUGAAUACAAAAGAGCUGCAUUUUUUUA